UUGUUUCAAUCACUACGGAUACAAUAAACGGUUUCAACGUUAUGUGAUGACAAGUUUACUUUAAGACACCUAAAAUAUAAUUUAAACUAAAAUUAAUCAUACAGAAGACGCUAAUGUAUUUUUGUUGUUGUUACAGAUUAAAAUGAACGCGCGCCGUUCAACAUGGCCCAUACAUUCGACAAUGGUAUGAUACAUCCAUCACUAACAUGCGUCCCGGUCAGCGGUGGUUGGCGGUCUGUCUACUCAUCACCACACUACACUACUCGGAAAUGAAGCAUCCCAGCGACUCACUCAACAUCGAUGACUCAGUCUUCCAUAAACGAAACAGGCACCAUCACAGACACAAGCACAAACCUGGACAAGUACUCUACGAUCCCACAUACCUAGCCGACAAACCUGAAGAUUACUAUCCCAUGUUAAAUUUAAAAGACGAUUUACACUUAGUAGAUUAUCAAAUUGGAUCGAAACAUGAAGCGAAGACUGAUUGGGUGAAUAUGUCUAAUGAUCAAGUAGGAGAGAUGAAGGAUAAGAAACACCAACAUUGGCCGAUCAAGAGGGAGGCUGUGAUUGAAGGGGAUUUGGUGAUAGGAGGGUUGAUGAUGGUGCACGAGAGGUCAGAUAACAUGACCUGCGGGCCGGUGAUGCCGCAAGGAGGGGUGCAGGCGCUGGAGACAAUGUUGUACACUUUGGACAUAGUAAAUAAUGAGUUGAGACUGAUACCCGGAGUGACUGUUGGCGCUCACGUCCUAGACGAUUGUGAUAAGGAUACGUACGGGCUGGAGAUGGCUGUGGAUUUUAUUAAAGGAUCUAUAAGCAACAUCGACGACGCGGAGUACGCAUGCAACGCAACAGCGGUGAGGAAGGUGAUCUCGGGCGUGGUGGGCGCCGCGUCCAGCGUCACCUCCGUGCAGGUUGCCAACCUGCUGCGCCUGUUCAAGAUCCCUCAGGUGUCAUUCUUCUCGACAUCCCCGGAGCUCUCGAACAAGGCUCGUUUCGAGUACUUCACUCGGACGAUUCCCUCCGACCACCACCAGGUGCGCGCCAUGGUCGAGAUCGUCAAGAAGCUGCAGUGGAGCUACGUCUCCAUCAUCUAUGAGGAGUCCAGCUAUGGGAUCAAGGCAUUCGAGGAGUUAGAAGCAUUGUUAGCGAAGAGCAAUAUAUGUAUAGCUGUGAAAGAGAAACUCGUGAAGGACUCAGGAGUGGCACAUGAGGGAGCUUACGAUGAAAUCGUGUCCAAACUGCUGACGAAACCGAGGGCAAGGGGUGCCAUCAUCUUCGGUUCCGACCAAGAAGUGGCAGGUGUGAUGAGGGCGGUGGAGCGAGCCAACGCCACUGGUUCCUUCAGCUGGGUCGGCUCCGAUGGAUGGAGCGCCAGGUCUCUGGUGUCCGACGGCAAUGAACGCGCAGUGGAAGGCACCAUCAGCGUACAACCUCAAGCUAACGAUGUCAAGGGAUUCAAGGAAUACUUUUUAGGGUUGAAUGUGAAGAAUAAUAAGAGGAACCCCUGGUUUGUGGAAUUCUGGGAGGACCACUUCCAGUGCCGCUAUCCUGGCAGCCCGAAGACGCCGUACAACGGGCAGUACUCGCGCGCCUGCUCCGGGCAGGAGCGCCUCACGCACCAGAACACGGAGUUCGAGAGGCAGCUGCAGUUCGUGUCUGAUGCCGUCAUGGCCUUCGCCUACUCUAUAAGGGACAUGCACGCGGCGGUGUGCGGGGGCCGGGCUGGCCUCUGCGACGCGAUGCGGCCUGCCAGCGGAGCCGAUCUCCUGCGCUAUUUGAGGAAGGUCAACUUCGUCGGUCUGUCUGGAGACGAGUUCCACUUUGACAGCAACGGCGACGGUCCCGCGCGGUACAAUAUCCUGCACUUUAAGCAAGUCCAAAAGGGGGUGUACCGCUGGGUCAAUGUUGGCCACUACCUGGAUGGAGCUCUUGAGCUUAAGAUUCAGGAUAUACAGUUUAAGUGGGGCGAGCGUCACCCUCCGGAGUCAGUCUGCAGCGCCGAGUGCGAGCUGGGACAGGCCAAACAGUACGUGGAGGGCGAGAGCUGCUGCUGGCACUGCUUUAACUGCACGCAGUAUGAGAUCCGGUCUAUCGAAGAGACGCAGUGCACGGUGUGUCCGCGUGGCACGUUACCGAACCCCACGAAGACUGAGUGCCGGCAGAUACCCGAGGCCUACCUCCGGCCAGACUCCGCCUGGGCCAUCGGUGCUAUGUCCUUCUCCUCCGUUGGAAUACUUCUGACUGCCUUCGUGUGUGGUGUGUGGGUGCGGCACAGCUCGACGCCGGUGGUGCGCGCGAGCGGCCGCGAGCUGUCCUACGUGCUGCUGGCGGGGAUCCUCAUGUGCUACCUCGUCACCUUCGCGCUGGUCUUCAGGCCUACUGAUAUCCUCUGCUCCAUACAAAGGUUUGGUACGGGCUUCUGCUUCACCGUAGUGUACGCAGCCCUGCUGACGAAGACCAACAGAAUAUCCCGCAUCUUCAACGCCAGCAAACACUCGGCCAAGAGACCUAUCCUGAUCUCUCCGAGCUCGCAACUUGCGAUCUGUGCUGCUCUCGUGUCUAUUCAGGUGCUAAUAGUAGUGGUAUGGAUGAUAGUGGCACCAGCGAAGGCCAUGUUCCACUAUCCUACGAGAGAGGACAACAUGCUGGUGUGCGACUCCUACGUGGACGCUUCCUAUAUGAUAGCGUUCUUCUACCCGAUCGUGCUGAUUGUUAUCUGCACUGUGUAUGCUGUGCUCACCAGGAAGAUCCCCGAGGCCUUCAACGAGAGCAAACAUAUCGGGUUCACGAUGUACACGACGUGCGUGAUAUGGCUGGCGUUCGUGCCGCUGUAUUUCGGCACGGCGAGCCACGUGCCGCUGCGAGUCACCAGCAUGGCCGUCACCAUCUCGCUUAGUGCCAGCGUCACGCUCGUCUGCUUGUUCUCUCCAAAGUUAUACAUAAUCCUGAUCCGACCGGAGAGGAAUGUCCGGCAGAGCAUAAUGCCGGUCCGGUACAGCCGGAAGCCGCCGCCAGCGCAGCCAUUGCCGCAUCCUCAGACGAAGAAGCCUUUGACUGCAAACAAGGAGACUCAAACGGACCCAGCCGACUUCAAGCUCGUCAACGGUCAAACAAUCCAACUGAUCAACGACACAGACACCAAACACGAAGAACAAACCAAAGACCUCAACAAAACACAACUUACUAGUAACAAUGUCAAAACUAACACCGCCAAUGACAAAUCUAACGCCGUCAAUGACAAAUCUAACAAUACGAACAUCAAGUCUAAUGACAACGUUAUCACAACGAAUGGUAACGACAAGUCUAGCCACACUCCUGUAGCCAAUGACAAAGCUGACACCUUAUAGCAAAGACACUCCUCAAGAUCCCUCCUCGAAUACUCACACAAAAACAACAAUGUCAUCGUCAAAAAGAAAAGUUGCUCAUGCAAAUACAAGGAACGAAAACCAGUAGUUGUUUAAAAUUAAGUAGAAGCUAUCGAUGUAAAUAAUCCCGCUUUACUGCUUCUUUGUAAAUACA